CGCAGAGCUCGGCAAUUUCUCUAAUAUUUUCUCUCUCUCUCCGUCGCCUCCAGUCCACCGGUAGCCACCGCCGAUCCUCCAUCGUCGGCCACCACAGGUUCAUACGCACAGAAUAUAGAGCUACUGAGGAGAGCAGAUACGAAGAAAGCAGAGAGAGGGACGAGAGUUUAGUUCUGGUCUGUAACCAUUCUGAGCGGCCACCAACCUCCGCCCUUGCCGGUUCUGCCGCCACAGAACAGGCUCCGUUUUCUCUUACUUCGUCGUUCCAUUCCACGAAGUUAUUGUAUCCGACGACCUCCCCAUUCGCGGUCAGUUGCCACUCUUCUUCGAGGGAUACUUGCUUGUUGGCAAUUUGAUUGUCUCGUGUACUUUCUUUCGUCCUUAAUGGUUUGGAAAUCAGCUCAGAAGCUCAUCCACAACUGGAAGAUCCUCAGAGGAGAUAAUGUAAUGAUUAUUAGAGGGAAGGAUAAGGGUGAGAAGGGUGUCAUUAAGCGUGUCAUCCGCUCUCAAAAUCGUGUGAUUGUCGAGGGAAAGAACCUGGUCAAAAAACAUGUUAAGCAAGGCCAAGGUCAUGAAGGUGGGAUAUUUACUGUGGAAGCCCCUCUUCAUGUCUCGAAUGUUCAGAUUGUUGACCCAGUCACAGGGAGUCCAUGUAAAGUUGGAAUUAAAUAUCUAGAAGAUGGCACAAAAGUGAGAGUGUCAAGAGGUCAAGGUGCAUCUGGUAAUAUAAUUCCUCGGCCAGAGAUUUUGAAGAUACGGACUACGCCAAGACCUACUGUUGCUGGGCCAAAAGACACUCCGAUGGAACAUGUGCUGGAGAGGACUUAUGAUGCCAAAACAGGAAAGGGGAUGCCAGAGCUUUAAGAUGACAGUUUCUUGCUCAGGUCUAUGGUUGGCAGUGGACUGAGAUGUGUCCGGAGGGAUUGUGGCACAUCUUCGUAGCCAUGUGUGCUUGCCAAGAUCGCCGGGUAGAAGCUAGAACUCUCUUUUUUACAUGGUGUUGUUGGCUUUAGAUGCAAUAAAGUGUAUUGGGCAGACAGAUUAUUUGCACCUAAAUGUCAGUGCUCUUGUAACAACACCAUUUGUUUCAUACUUAAUUCAGUGUUCUUCCUAA